GAAGCAAGGCGCACAUAUCACAGUAGCGAUGAGCGUCCAAUAGGUCAACUGUAGAGAGUCCAAGCUAGAAUGAUAAAAUCGAAUUGAAAAUGGUCUCUCUCUUUUCCUAACAAGUAAAGCGUUCCGCUACCCAACUUUUCACUUUUUCCGCUACUUUUCUCCACUUCAAUUUGCAAUUCGCGCCUUUAAAUUCAGCUCUGUGGAGCUCAGCUCAGAGAGAGUAAAGCAAAGAGAGCUUACCAGGUUCACCAAAUGGAGAUCAAAUUAGAGCAAAAGGACGCAGCUGAUUGGAUUUACAGAGGUGAAGGUGCUGCUAAUCUAGUCCUCUCUUACACCGGCUCCUCUACCGUUUUUAUUGGGAAGGUGAUGAGAAUACAAAAAGUAGCUAGCAACAGCUCUUCGCGUUGUCUGGUUGAUCACACUGUUUUAACAGAGCAUGAAACGUUGCUAUGGAGAGAAUUAGAAGAGUUAAUAUCGUCUCCUACAAAAGAAUCAGCGGAGUUGCUUUAUGUGCAGCAUGUUAUAAGCCCUUUGUUGGGUCCCGAACACGUUGAUGCUGGUACGCAUGUCCUUGUAUCUCGAGAGUUUCUUGAAUCUAUAGAGAAGAAAGUGAUCUGCCAGCGUCCUGCUUGGCGAGUUGAUGCUGCCAAGAUUGACACACAACGUAAUUUCGUGCUUCUCAUGAGCGAUCAUUCCUUAUUUCCCAGUGGUAUUCUUAAUGUUGGGCCUUGUAUAUCUGUUGAAAUAAAGCCAAAAUGUGGAUUUCUCCCUUCAUCAAGAUUCAUAGCUGAAAGAAAUGUCAUUAAAAGGAGCACAACUCGUUUUAGAAUGCACCAAGUCCUCAAGUUGCACGAACGUGAGAUAUCGGAGUUAAGUCAAUAUGAUCCAUUGGAUAUUUUCUCUGGUUCCAAGGAAAGAAUACAUAAAGCUAUCAAUGAUCUUUACAACACCCCGCAGAACAAUUUCCGCGUAUUCUUAAAUGGAUCUAUUAUAUUUGGGGGCUUGGGUGGUGGCACAAAUAAAACUAGUUGUGUGAUUGAAAAGGCUUUUGAAGAUGCACUGAAGGGACUCAUCCAGGCAGAUGAUGGUUUGCGUACAAGGAGUUUCAUAGAGCUUGUGGCUGAGACAGUCUAUAGUUCUCGAGUACUGGAUCGGCUUCUUGAAGUCCAAAAGCUUGAUAAUUUUGACAUUGAAGGGGCAAUUCAUGCUUAUUAUAACAUUAUUUCUCAGCCUUGCAUGGUAUGUAGUGAAUUGGAUGAAGCAAGACUUCAACCUAGGUAUGCCUCCUUGCAUUCCAUUCCUUUGGAUGAGAGCUUGAAGAUGGUAAAGGAUUAUUUAAUAGCUGCAACUGCAAAGGACUGUAGUUUGAUGAUCAGUUUUAAACCAAGGGAAGAUACGGAUUUUUGGUCUCCAUAUAGCAGUAUAUAUCUGAAAUCAACCAACCAAAACUUUGAUUACAAGGUGAAUUUCAUCGACUUGGAUUUGAAACCUUUAAAUAAGAUGGAAACCUAUUAUGAAAAGGACAAGAAGAUACUGAACUCCUAUGUUCAGGCAGCGGAAACAAAACACAUGAAAGGCGACACUCUGGUUAUGGAGGCUUAAGAAAGUAUGAAGUGACAUUCAACUAGACUCUGGAGCAUUCUCACUUUACUUAAAAUUUUACUGGUAAGUGUAAGUAGUUUGGUGUGGUCAUCUUUUUCUUUAGUUAUUGGUAUAUGGCUUGUAAAAAUUAAGAUGUCAAUUUUUCAUCUCUUGGCUCACAAAAUUUAUCAUUUUCUUUACUUGCUGGAAAGAUUGAAUUUCCCGUACAGAUGUGAAUAAUUCUGUUUCUAUUGUCAUAUUUUUCCUCCUCCUCCUUCUUCUUCUUUAGCAACAUGAGUGGUCUUUGACUCUUGAAUUUGAGUUUUAUUUCAUCCAUUAUGAGUUUUUGGGUGCAAGGAGUCCUCUUUUUGAUAUGUGAUGUCUUGAGAACUCUGAAAAUAGGACUGAACUACAGAUGUCAUUCAUUGUCUUUGAUCUUUAAACUUGUAUUAUUAGAUUCGAUGCUUGUCAUAAAUCACAUUCCCUUGAGUUACUAACUAUGCUCAUUGAAUAGUUGAUGACGACUUUACGUUUUGGAAUGUAAAUGUGCAAUGAAGCUAUUGGGAUUUUUAGCUAUUGUUUUCAAAUACUACAUUCAACACAAUAAGCAUUAAUCCAAUCUAGUUGAAGUUAGCUAUGGAUCUUUUUCAUACUCUCUACUUAUUUUAGAGAUACAUUUAUAUGGAGGUCAAAAAAUGCUAAAGCCUAACGCUUUGUCAUAUUUCAUCUUAGGUUUACGAAUAAUCUGCUCCAUUUCUGUAACAUAGAUAUGUUUAAAAUUCCAUGCCAUCCGUGGGUCUGCUCCAAGCAAUGCUCUUUUAGCAUUAGCUCCAAAAGUCUAGAUAGUAUUUUAUUGACCUUUCUCAAAGGUUUAAUAGUGCUAUCAACUAUGAGAGAUUUUGUAUGUGAUUGAAUUGAUUUAUCUAUGUUAAGAAUUUAAGAAUUAGAAGAAUUA